GGAUUACUAUUCGACAAUGAUAACCUGUUGGUUUUGUAAGUCUCCAGGGCAUACUAAAAGAUGUUGUAAAUUCUUCAAGCAAGCGAAGUACUUUUGUUCGAUGUGCAGCUCAGUGGCGUAGCGUCGUUUACGCAAAGUACGCAAAUGCGUCCACUGGAACAAUCCAAUGUUUAUCUGAAUAUUUGGAAAUUCUAAAUUUCUCAAGUUUUAAUAAGCAAAGCCAUUGUUAAAAGCUAGAUUUCUCCAUUCAUUCUUAACGAUACAUUAAAUUUUUUUGCUUGAAUUUCUACAAGACUUAUAAUGAGUACUUAUGAGUAAAUUUCAAGUGGAAAUGAAUGCGUAUCGGGUAGACCCCCCCCCAUCCCAAUUUUGGAAUUUUGCGUCCCCUAGUAAAAUUGCCACGCUACGCCACUGCAGCUGUUAUGGACACCGUGACCGAGACCACAGUCAGCCAGACAGGUAUGUUAGGACUGUUUCCAUACACCCUGUGAAUGUGAAAUCUGUGUCAAUUCAGACAAAAAAGUGCAAAGACACUGAUAAACCGAAAAGUCACAACAAAUAUACCCAAGCAGAAACUGUUGACAUGAAUGAAUACAGUUCCAAUAUGGCCAAUUUUAAGCGUAUUCAAAGUGAAUUGUUUGGUCAGAAGAAAGGAAAUGAUAUCUACAAAGCUCAACUUAAGUCGUGUAUGAAAACUAUUAAAUUAUUGGAACGGGAUGUUGCAGAAUACAAAGCUAACAAUGAUCGGUACUUCUCACAGAUUAAUGCAUCACAACAACGGAUUGACGAUCUACAGUCUCAAAAUAAUGAAUAUUCUAAAUUGAUCAAAGAUCUAACCCGCAAACUAGAGGAUCAACAUCAACAGUUAUGUGCGUACCAGGAUAAAAUCAAGAAUUAUAUGAAAACAGUGCCAGUGCCCAAAACAGUUAGUACCUUAGGAUAUAUCGAAUUUCUUGGAAUUGACAAACAAUUCAACACAAUCCCUUCAGCACAGUGUAAAUCUAGGCCAGAUGUACCGCCGCAGCAGAAUUUGAUCAGCAGAUAUUAGUGCCAAAUAAUGUAGAAAUCUAAGAAAUCACAUCUUCCAUAUGAUGACACCACACAAUCUAUAUCUGCCAUAUUACAAUGAUAUGAUGCCGACUUUUGAUGUGCAAUAAUUUUGCCCAUCUGAUAAUAAUGUGAUAUAUAAUUGAUGCUGAUUGCCGUAUAUUUAUACUGGGAUACUGAUACUGAUGCUGAUUCAUGAAAU